CCCCCAAACGUUUCAACUUUCAAGGCUGUCGCGUCAAAUUGAGGUCUAGCAGGUGAUUUGCAAGCUACGCUACCGAAUACACUACCAAGUAAAGUUAAUUGCUGCAGAGAGAAUGCCUUCGCCCGUAAAACCUUUCACCCGCGGAAAGACAAACCUGUUGCCUCUCCGAAAUGUUGCUGCAAUGGUUGUUCCGGGCACGCCAGUCAUGCCUAGCUCGCGUCGGAAGGGCAUAGUUCGGGCUGAUGCAGCCGAGCACUACAAGCAGGCGGGCUUCACAGAUAAGGAGGCUGAAAUGAUGAUCAAAGUAUUGCCCUGCACCAACGACCUGGUCAAGAAGUCAGACUUGGACCUGCACUCCGCCAAACUCAGCGCAAAGAUUGACCUGCGUUCAACGGAGCUCAGCGCAAAACUGGACCUGCGCUCAGCCGAGCUGAGCUCGAAAAUGGACCUGCUCAACGUAAAGAUGGAGAAGGUGCUCAUAGUCGUCCUUGCGAGCGGGCUGCUUCUCGCGAGCCCGGAGGGUCUCGCCGGCAAGUUGGUCGCGGCGCUGCUGCGCACCUGAAUGCACAUCUGAUGGGCCGGCCUGCGGCCUCGCUAGCGCGGGAGCUGUGUGUGGGGAGCUGCUCAAAGAGGCAAUGACGGCACUGGAAUACGGGCACACGUACUGCUACGACUGCAUUGAGGCGCGUGUGGAAAUCGGCGGCAACCACAACGUGUGCCCCGUGCCCGGCUGCGGCGCCGUGCUGGGCCCGAGCCCCUUCGACCACCACCGCCUGGUGUACGACAGCCUGCUGGACGGACUGGUGGCCAAGAUCUUCCCCCGGCCAGCUCUGGACGCUGCGCUGUCCAAGCGACGCAUGGAACGGGAGGCCGCGGUACGCGAGGCCCGCGCCGCCGUGAAUGGCCGUGGCGGCCUGGGCUGUCUGAAGUCUCCGGCGGGCGGCGGCGGCCGUUCAGUGCUGCGGCAGCAGGCGGACGCAAUAAGUCGGACCGGGGGCACACUAAAUCUGAGAGCGGGCGCCAUUAGCUGGGGGGGGGGGGGGGGGCGGGCGGCAAGCAACGGCUGACCCGUAGAAGGUGUGUGCGUUGCGGCAGCUGCCACGGCAACCAAACCAGCAGCGUGUACAGCAUGACAUUUUCAUUCCUGUUUGAGGACUGCAACACAACGAUUUCUCCACGUGCGUGCCUCACCGAAAUGCAGGCAUCUAAACCUUAGAGGCCUGGGCAGAAGCGGCUUGGUGUCGUUGUCAUCCCUUUGUUAUAGACCGAAGCAGGCAACUUGCGGUUAUGGCUAAGCGAGCCCAAGUGCAGGUUCCAAAUAACCAAUUGACCGCCAGGUCUGGCAGCAGGUCAGUGGCCGGUGUGUUGCCUCGUCUGCAGUGGUCUGUGCCGAUUGCCUGGGGGCCUUUCCUCAUUCUUCGUUUGGCCCCGUCAUCCUCUUGUCCUCCAUGUUUGAGGGUUUUCUGGUGGUGCCGUGUCUCAGGUCUGAGCCGUCUGCCUGCCCACGAGCUGUUCAUGGGUAUGAGAUUUGUUGUGGCUGUGGGUUGCUGAGUUUUCUGCAGCUUGGCGGCGGCCCCUGGCCGGGUGCCGCUGCGGGCUGCUAAAUACACUGGGGCCAGAGCAAGGGGUGUCAGCUUUGGUUCGGCUGGAGAGAGGGCCGAGCCCCUACAUAGGACGUGAUGCUUUAAGCAUGGGCGGCAUUGACGGGCCCACCAUGCUACCUGUUACCCGCCACGGUAGCACACGCCACGUCACGCCACCACCUGCGUUGAUGUUACAGCUGUGGGCCUGCCUCCGACCCGGCC